UGAUAUAUACACAAUGACCGACAUCAUACAGAUCAACGGGCCCCCAAACCUGAAUACUUUAUGAAUGCCUGAAGGGAUCUGUGGUCAAAACCAGUUUAACAGGUCCAUAUGAUUUAGUUCAUCAGUAGGGAGUACAAUUAAGUAAUUUCAGUCUGUCGAGCACUGCCGUUCUGGGCAUAAAGUUGUUCAGGGCGGACAUGAUCAAUGAGAAUUCGUCCCUCCAGCAGCAUUCCAUCCGGAAGAAACGUAUUUCCGGUUCAGCCUUACCAAAAAUGGGUGAGAAAACAAACAACUCCCCUCAGCUCAGAACGAAUUCUGAAAAAUUUCUCGUUAAUUUGGAGCUCAAUUGAUCUUAAACCUGGUUCAAUCAUUAACCAGGCUUCUGGCUAUCGCCCAAUACCCAGAAGUCAUGGUGGUGGAACUAUGUGGCCAGUGUUGGGGAUCCAGCCCCUGAACCACCUCGAGCAUGCCACGCAAAUCAUAGCCGAGGCCCACAGCAUUGCUGGAGCUCGACAGCACCAAACGCGCCAAACUACCAGCUCCGACUUUGGAUGCUUUCCUCAACAGCGUGAUCACCUUAGCUAAGAAAACCCGCGGGCAGCCAUCUAGUCAGGAGAUUCUGGGAAAGCUAAACAGCCUACAGCCGAUUGUAGAGGGCAUCACUCUCAUCAAGAAUGCCGUCAACAACGUACUCGCGUCACCCGCUCCCGUGAAUGGCUGGUUCGACCGCUUGGGGAAUGAGGAGAUGGAUACAGGGU